UUUUCUUUGUCAAAUGGAUUCAAGUUAUAAUAAACACGUGUCCUCUUGUGUUCUUAAGUGACCUCCUUUUCUCUGCUUUGCUCUCAAGAGAAUAGUCACACUAUUCAGUCUAUAGAAAAUAUCAAUGGCAGCUGCAACACUAAUUGCUGCAACAGUUGGGAUUUUGGUGGCAAUAUUUUGUGCAAAAGUGCUGUAUACAAUAUGGUGGUGGCCAAAGAUGAUAGAAAAGAAGCUGAAGAAGGAAGGUAUCCAUGGCCAUCCCUACAAGUUGCUGUUUGGGAACCUUAAAGAGAUGAUGAAAAUGUCUAAAGAAGCCAAGAAAAAACCCCUGUUAAAUCAUGAUAUCAUACCCUGGGUUAAUCCUUUUCUUCUGCAUCUUUCUAACACUUACAAGAGAAUAUUUGUGCUGUGGGCUGGACCGACACCUCGGGUGACAGUUACAGAUCCAAAGCUAAUUAGAGAAGUGUUGAAUAGAUAUAAUGAAUUCCACAAGCCUGAAGCCAAUGCUUUCAUCCACUUGUUUGUUACUGGACUUGCCAGUUACGAUGGAGAAAAAUGGGAUACACACAGAAAGAUACUAAACCCUGCCUUUCAUGUACAGAAGCUAAAGAGGAUGUUCCCAGCAUUUUCUGUGUGUUGUGAUGAAAUGAUAAAUAGAUGGGAGAAAUUGGUUAGCAAAACAGGAAGUUGUGAGCUGGAUGUAGCAGACGAGUUUCUAAACUUAGGGGGAGAUGUAAUAUCAAGAGCUGCCUUUGGUAGCAAUAUUGAAGAAGGAAGGUCCAUUUUCCUACUUCAGAAGGAGCAGUGCGAGCUUAUAUUGGCUUCUCCCUUCACCCUUUUCUUUCCAUCCCUAAGAUUUCUUCCAACGGCAUCAAAUAGAAAAGCAAGGUACAUCCACAAGAAAGUUAUAUCUUUGAUAAGAGGCAUAAUAGAGAAGCGAGAAGACGCCGUGCGAAGAGGACUGUCAAACAAUGAUGAUAUUUUAGGCUUACUCCUAAAAGCAAGAAAUGAAGAUAAAAAAUCUAAAGCAGGAAGAGGACUAACAACUGAUGAUGUAAUUGAAGAAUGUAAAGAAUUCUACUUUGCAGGACAAGAUACAACCACAGCUUUGCUCUCUUGGACAAUGGUUGUCUUGAGCAUGCACCCUGAGUGGCAAGACAGAGCUAGGAAUGAAGUGUUUCAAGUAAUUGGGAAAAACAAACCAAAGUUUGAUGACUUGAAUCAGCUAAAACUAAUGAGCAUAAUCUUCCAAGAAGUGUUGAGAUUAUAUCCAGCAAUCUUUCUUAUUCGAAGCACAUCAAAGAGCACCAAAUUGGGAAACAUGACAAUUCCGCCAGGAGUACAAGUGUGCGUGCCUACGCAUCUGGUACAUCGUGAUCCCGAAGUAUGGGGAGACGACGCAUUAGUGUUCAAUCCCGAGAGGUUCUCAGAAGGUAUAUCGAAAGCAGCAAAAGAGCAGUUGUAUUUUCCCUUCGGUUGGGGUCCUCGAAUGUGCAUUGGGAUGAACUUUGGUAUGUUAGAAGCAAAGCUGAUUUUAUCACAAAUUCUGCAGCACUUUUGGUUUGAGCUCUCUCCUUCCUACACUCAUGCUCCUCAGUUGACUCUGAUUAUGAAACCUCAGUAUGGUGCUCAGAUAAUAGUGCACAAACAUUGACUCUUCGGGCUGGGGUUGUAAGUUGUAGUAGUAGUAGUACUAGUUGAUGAAUAAAUUAGGUUGAGAUGUAUUCUGCUAAUGCAUUUCAAUACCCUGUUAUUUUGGAUGUGACAACUUUAUGCUCAUCUGCACUAGGAAAUAAUUGAUCUCAUUUGUCACAAGCUA